AUGUAUCAUCCCUCGUGCGCCGACCGGGAUCAACUGCCCGAUUAUUGGUCUGGUGGGACUAGUCAGGCACACCCGCCAACAUUGGACGCAGGUACACUUAAUACCACUGCAGUAGUACUACUACCUACAUUACUUUUGUAUGAUCCCAAAUUCCCACUGACUCGUGGCCGUUUCAUCGGCCCCACUGGGAAGGCAUCACAUCGCUGA